AUGGUUACUCGCAUGCAUCGAUAUGUGCCACUUACUGUAGAAGUGCCUAACAGUAUGACCUUGUUUAGACAAAGAAGAGAUUUUGGUAUCAUGACCGCCAUAGUGACUGCCAUCACUGUUGCUGCAGUUGGGGCUAUUGUGUCCACUGUUGCUUUGUCCAGUACAGUACAAACUGCCUCUGCCUUAAAUAACUUGUCAGCGAGUGUGGCUCUUGACCUGGAUUUGGAAACAUCUCUCAACUCUCAAUUAAAGGGGGGUUUGAUGAUCGUUAAUCAGCACAUCGACUUAGUGCAGGAACAAGUGGAUACAAUCUGGCAGUUGGCUCAGCUAGGCUGCGAGAUCUUGGUUAAGCCUUGUCAUGUAUGUGCCUAUGACUCCUCUGAAUGUUAUUUCAGAAUCAAAGAAGAUUUUCACCGUAACGGAGAUGUGGACAUUGGUGUAUUUUUUCCAGUUCAUACUUACGUAACAAGGAACAAACAUCCACAUUCGUAUCUGCCACACUACUUCAAUGACACCCACAUACAGUAUAAUUUUAAAAACUAUGAGUUUAUUCUGGCCCUGGUAUUUGCCAUUGAGGAGAUCAACAGGAAUCCCCAUCUUUUACCAAACAUUUCUCUGGGAUUUGAUUUUUAUAAUGUUCAACACGGUGAUAAGAAUGUUCUUGUGAAUGCCCUCAUUUGGCUCACAGGUCAGAGUUACCCACACUCAAACUAUAACUGUGUAAAGGAAAGAAAGUCAGCUGCUGCUCUAACAGGACCAUCAUGGGCAAAAUCUGCCCAUUUUGGGACACUGCUUCAACUCUACAAAUUCCCACAGCUUACCAUUGGUCCUUUUGAUUCUAUCUUGAGUGACCGAAGCCAGUUUAAUUCUCUCUAUCAAUUGGCCCCCAAAGGCAAAUCUCUGUCACUUGCCAUGGUAUCUUUGAUGGUUCAUUUUGGCUGGACCUGGGUUGGUCUGCUUCUUCCAGAUGACCACAGAGGGACUGAGUUUCUGUCAGAUUUAGGAAAAAAUAUGGAGAAAAACAGAGUCUGUUUAGCUUUUGUCGAAAUGAUCUCAAGCACAUGGACUUCAUUUUCCUACAAAUUCUGGGCAAAUUUGGGGAAGAUACAGGAAUCAUUGGCCAAUAUCAUCAUCAUUUAUGGAGACAGUGAUUCACUACAAGGUUUAAUGCUAAAUCUAGGUAAACAGAUUUUGACAUGGAAGGUCUGGAUCAUGAAUGCGCAAUGGGAUGUUACCAACCACCCUGAUUAUUUCUUCCUAGAUUCAUUCCAUGGGAGUAUCAUUUUUUCUCUUCAACAAGAGAAGAUGGUUGAAUUUCCAAAUUUUAUCAAAACAGUUAAUCCUUUCAAAUACCCUGAAGACAAUUACCUUCCUAAGUUAUGGUUUUUGUUCUUCAAAUGCCCAUUUUCAGAGCUUGAUUGUCAACUUUUGGAGACAUGCCAGCAAAAUGCUUCCUUGGAAUUCCUGCCUAGACAUGUUUUUGACAUGGCAAUGAGUGAAGAGAGUUAUAAUGUAUACAAGGCUGUAUAUACUGUUGCCCACAGUGUCCAUGAGAUGAGCCUUCAGCAAGUACAAAUGCAACCAUUUGGAAGUGGGAAAGAAAUGGUGUUCUUUCCCUGGCAGCUUCAUGCUUUCUUGAGAAAUAGUUAUGCCAGUGACAACAUGGCUUUACAUUGGAAACAGGAGUUAGAUAAAUAUGACAUUCUCAGCUUUUGGAAUUUUCCAAAGGGUCUUGGACUAAAAGUGAAAGUGGGAACCUUUUUACCCAAUGCUCCCCAGGAUCAACAGUUAUCUUUAACUACACAGUUGAUACAAUGGCCAAAAAUGUAUUCUGAGAUUCCUCAGUCUGUGUGCAGUGAGAGUUGUGGGCCUGGAUUCAGGAAAGUUUCCCUGGAGGGCAAGGCUGUUUGCUGCUAUGGCUGCAUUCCUUGUCCAGACAAUGAGAUUUCUAAUGAGACAGAUAUGGAUCAAUGCAUUAAAUGUCCAGAAAGUCAUUAUGCAAACCCGGAGAAGAAGCAAUGCCUCCAGAAAGUUGUGAGUUUUCUUGACUACAAGGACCCCCUGGGGAUGUCUCUCACAACUGUAGCUCUUUGCUUCUCUGUACUCACAGCUCUGGUUCUUGGGCUCUUUGUGAAGAACAGAGACACUCCAAUUGUCAAGGCUAAUAAUAGGACACUAAGCUACACCUUGCUCAUCACACUCACCAUCUGCUUCCUCUGUACCUUUCUCUUCAUUGGUUGUCUCAACACUACUGCUUGUAUAUUGCAGCAGAUCACAUUUGGAGGUGCUUUUACUGUGGCUCUUGCCACUGUGUUGGCCAAAGCUAUCACAGUAGUUAUUGCCUUCAAGGUCACUUUUCCAAACAGAGUGGUGAGGUGGUUAGUAAUAUCAAAGGCCCCAAACUUAAUCAUCCCCAUAUGUACUCUGAUCUACCUUGUCCUCUGUGCAAUCUGGCUAGGAACCUCUCCUCCCUUUCUUGACCAAGAUGCUUAUGCAGAACAUGGACAUAUCAUCAUUAUGUGCAACAAGGGCUCAGAUUUUGCCUUCCAUGGUGUCCUGGGAUACCUCUGCUCCUUGGCACUUGGGAGUUAUGCUGUGGCUUUCUUGUCCCGGAAUCUACCAGACACAUUCAAUGAAGCCAAAUUCCUCUCAUUCAGCAUGCUGGUGUUCUUCUGUGUCUGGGUCACAUUCCUCCCUGUCUACCACAGCACCAAGGGGAAGGUCAUGGUGGCUAUGGAAGUCUUCUCUAUCUUGACUUCUAGUGCAUCCCUCCUUGGCUUCAUUUUUGCCCCAAAGUGCUACAUUAUCUUGAUAAGGCCAGAUAAGAAUAGUCUAUAUCAUAUCAGGAACAGGUCACGUUCUAGAAGGAAUAACCUCAAAACCUAG